AUGGCCCCAACAGAGUUGAAAGAUUUGAAGGUGCAAUUGAAAGAUAUGUUUGACAAGGACUACAUUCGACGAAGUAUUCUUAUUCAACAAGUUAAAGUAGUUGCUUGUACUCCUCGUCAGUUGAAGAGUCAUGAGGAAAAUUGUCCAACUUAUGAUAUGGAAUUGACAGUUGUGGUAAGGCGAAUGUGGAAGUUGGUGCUCUUCGUAGAAAAGUAUCACAUUUUGACAGCACUUAUUACUAGACAGGUUUCAUUAGACAAAAACUACGAGAGAGCUGAGGUUGUAGUUUCAGUGGGGGAAGUCACCUCACAGUUAGCUCAGUUGUCAUUACAUCCGAUCUUGAGACAAAGAAUUCUUGUGGUUCAAUUCAUUGAUCCUUAUUUGAUUGAGAAGCAUCGCCUAGUAGAAGUAGGGCAAGUUAAGGAGUUUUCCAUAUCCUUUGAUGAUGAACUUAUGUUUGAGAGAGAAUUAUGUGUGCCAACAGAAAAAGCAAUUAAGACAAGGUUAUUGGUUGAGACUCAUAGUUUCCCAUUUCUCAUGCAUCCAAGUAGCACAAAAUGUAUCCGGAUCUGA